UUUGUAUACUUUCUGUUUUCAUUUUGAUUAGGGAACGAUGAUUAAAGCCGUCGAAACGAGUCGUCGCAGUUCUCAAAAAAAUUGACUUUUGUGUUUGCUUUUCCGCAAGCAACUUUCCAACUGAAAAUAUAAACUGAAGCAUUUAAAAAGUGCGUAAUUGGGAUUUGGUUCCGAUGUGAAAAGAGUGCACUGCGGUUGCAGUUCGAAUCCACAGAGUCUGAGCCACAAUUUGAGCUAAAAUUAAGAUUAAGCAGAGCUGCUCACCAGACCUCUCAAAAUGAGUCUGUGGCGGAACCUGCGCUCCCUCGAAUCCCGCAAUCUUGACCUGGCCCUUAACCAGCGGGAGAAUAGGUUGGUGGCAGGCCACCUUCCGUCGGCCAUCUUUCGAGAGCGCCUCGGUGCGGCGGAGAACUUCUUCCAGCGCAACCUUACCGGUCACUAUGGUUGCGUGAACGCCCUGGAGUUCAGCGGGCAGGAUGGUCAGUUUCUGGCCUCGGGAGGCGACGACAAGCGGGUCUUGCUGUGGAACAUUGACCGCGAGGUGGUGUCCCAACUGGGAAAGCCACGGGCCAUGAACGAAAGGCAUGCCAGCAACAUCUUUUGUCUGGGAUUCGACACCCAAAACACCUACAUUUUCUCCGGGGGAAACGAUGACUUGGUCAUCCAACACGACCUGGAAACUGGAAAAACUAUAAACUACUUCUCGCACGAUGGCCCUGUUUAUGGCCUGAGUGUAGACAGGACUAGUGGCCAUAUGCUGAGCGUGGCCACUGAGCACGGCGAAAUCCUGGUGUACGACCUGCGGGCAGGCAAGUCGGAACCCCUGGCUCUGGCAAAGUUCAAGACGCCCUUCAAUGCCGUAGAGUUCCACCCCCUGAACGGCAACUUCCUGGCCACCGCCAACGCCAAGAGGGGAGCCAUGCUCUGGGACCUGCGCCACCACCAGCAGGCCCUCUGCCAGUACAGCUACAUCCCGGAGUCCCCGAGCUGCAUGAGUGUGCGCUUCAACUGCAACGGCACCUUGCUGCUCACCCUGCACCGCCGGCUGCCACCGAUCCUGUACAGCCCCGGGUCCCCGGAGCCGGUGGCCACCUUCUACCACGAAGAGUACUUCAACUCGUGCACCAUGAAGAGCUGCACGUUCGCGGGGCCGCAAGACGAGCUGGUGGUCUCCGGCUCGGACAACUUCAACAUGUUCAUCUGGCGGCUGGAUGGAGUGGAUUUGGAGGAAAAGAACCAGUGGAUGGAGACCCCGCCUGUAAUCCUCACUGGCCACCGCUCGAUAGUCAACCAGGUGCGCUACAACCGCCAGCGCUGCUUGCUCGCCUCCUCCGGCGUGGAGAAGAUCAUCAAGCUGUGGAGCCCCUUUGCCCAGCAGGGCUGGGAGGGAUCCCUGACCCAAUCCGAGGCCCGGCCUUACUGCAACCGCGCCCUGCACCGCGAGUCAUCGGACCAUGUGUCCCAGGACUUCAGCGCCCGCAACACAGACGAGGAUGAGGUGAUGCUGGCCUUCUUCGACGCUCUGGUGCAGCACGAGCUCGAGUCCUGGAGCAGCUCGAGCACCUCUACGGAGCGCAGCGCAGCCAGCUCGGCGACGGAGGAGCCUAGUGAAGAGGAGCGUGGACAGGAUCAAGAUUCUCGGCCGGAUAGGGAGCAGGGGAGCCACGAUCGGGAGGACGUCGACACACCCAACGUGAGCAAGCUGAGCUUGCAGACCCAUCCAAACCGCAUCUUCUACCUGAUCGCCAAGAAGCGACGUGCCUUGCUGCAGCUGGCGGUGAGGGGCACCACUGGACAGCCGCGCAACGUGGACUUGCUGCUCCAGCGUCUCCUCGGCGAGCAGAAGCAAAUGGCCACGCAGGCGCGGAUCAGCGAUUGGCUUGAAGAGACGCAACGUCUUUUUCGGAACGACGAGCUGCCCACCACAUCGGCGGAGGCAGCAGCACGGGAGCAGCAACACCGCUCCGACGACCAGCUCAACCGCAGUCCCCGGCGGACUGAGAAUUCGAGAGCAGUUGAAAAAACGCAAACCCUUGUCGAUCGAACCGAUCGCAAACGAAAGUUAAAGCGUCAGCGUUUUUCAGACAAGCACAGGAGAACGACUCGUCGAUUACGUCCCACCGAAACGGACAGCGAAAUCGAAAGCAGCGCUUCAAGAGACUCCGACUGUCCGGAGGCGGACAAUGGCUAUGAAGAGGAGGGAAACAAUCACAACAACAUUGCCAACGAAAGCGAAGACGAGCAUGGGGCCAGCUCCUCCACCAGCUCAAUGACCUCCAUGGAGGCGCAGCUGUCCCAGGCUCCCAGCAACUCCAGUUCUCUUCCUUUUUCCCCCGAACUGGAGACCAAUAAUAACAGCCAACUGACGUCGAUCCACAAUAGCAAGGCAGUCAACGGUCUAAUUCCGGAUAUCUGUAAUGCGGAGUCGACAGCGUCCACGUCCUCGUCCAUGUAGAUUGGCCUCAUACUGAAGCCCAGAUAAUAGCUUUUUGAAGCACUAUGGCAGGCAAAUUAUGUUCAUAAGCAUAAACAACCAUCCACUUUACGUUUGGAUCUCCGCUGAAACUCACAUAUUCGUUCAUAGCUUAGCUUUCAUAGUAUUUAUAACUACACUUCGUAGUUUUUGAUAGAAACAAAGAAAAAAGGGUUUUUAUAAAGCGAACCUACUUUCUUAAAACAAAUCGUGUGAUUAACUACUUUUAUGUUACCAACAUAUAAAACCUAUCGAACUUUGUAUUUUUAAAGUGCAUAAUAAAGAAAUGCGAACAAUUCAAAAUCACUUAUGAUUAAUAAUAAAACUACUCAGAACGACCGGGAGACAUAUUUUUCAUAAACACCGGAGAAGUGUUAUUCAAGGCGCUCCU